CUCUUCUACCUGCUUGUAUUUAUUCACCAUAACCCUAGCUAGCUCAAUGCACAUCCCCUCCUUUUUUUCUUUAAAAUCUUCCACCUUUUCUCACUUCUUUCAUUCAUUUCACAUCUUCUAUACUUCUCAAAAAUCUCCUCUCUUUUUUUUUUUGAUUUUUUUUUGGGAUAGAAAAAAAAAAUUAAUUAAAUGGGGAGGAUCAAAGAAAAAAGUAUGAUUUUGUGGGUGGUUUUGCUAAUGGUUUCCACUAAUAACCUAGUAAUUCCUGUUUAUUCAAGUAUUAUUAAUAAUAAUUUUGGAAAUGAAAAGAAUUACUACACUCCUAAUGACCCACAUGUGCCAACAACCCCUUCUUCAGGUGUUCAUAGCAACCCUAGCCACCAUGGAUCAUCCCACAAUCACAAAUCCCAUGGAUCACCCUCCGUCAGUCAAAGCAACUGCCGUACACCACCAUCACACGGUGGCAGCGGCAGUGGCGGAAGCGGUGGCUACUACCCAUCACCAACACCGACAACACCAAUAACACCUCCAAGCAAAGGAGGAAGUGGAGGAUCACACCAUCCACCUAGACACACACCCUCUAACCCUCCUAGCGGAGGCGGGUGCGCAUGUCCGUCACCACCGCCUACAAGCGGUGGUAGCGGAGGAUACUACCCUCCAACCCCAACUACUCCAAGGACACCAACACCCGUCAUAGUCACACCGCCUUCGCCUUUGGUGCCAACUACACCUCCUAGAAGUGGUGGUAGUGGAAGUGGAGGGUAUUAUCCUCCAACAACUCCUAGCUCUCCUUUGGUGCCGUCGCCUCCAGUAACGCCAAUCGUUCCGACGCCACCUUAUCUUCCUGAUCCAAACACUCCUCCUAUGCCUUUUGAUCCUACCACACCACCCUUCCCAUGCACUUACUGGGGAAGUCACCCAGGGUUGGUAUUUGGGGUACUAGGAUGGUGGGCAACAGUAGGUGGAGUAUUUGGUGUGACAACAUUACCAGGACUAAGCUCAGCAACAAGUCUACAAGAAAUGCUAAACAACCCUAGAAAUGAUGGGUAUGGUUCCCUUUACAGGGAGGGCACUGCCUCCUUCCUCAACUCAAUGGCAUCGAAAAACUUCGCCCUCUCCACCAAGCAAGUCAAGGACUCCUUCCUUGCUUCCCUCGCCUCCGAUAAGGUCGCCGCCGCUCAAGCCAAGCUCUUCAAGCUUGCCAAUGAGAAGAAGCUCAAGCCUACUACUACUACUACUACAACUACCACGUCUAAACCUUGAUUAAAUUAUUGUUGCAUGCAUGUGUUUGUGUUCUAUAUAAUUAAUCAAAUGGUCCGAUGACAUACUUUAUUAUUAAUUAAUUACUAGUUAAAUAUAUAUCAUCAUUAUGUUAAUUGUCAUAGUUUUAAUGAGUGGUAUGUAAGCAUGUGUUGUUUUGUUGUUUUGAGAUCGAUUAAUCAAAAGACUUGGUGUAACGUUAUUAGCACUAUGAAUCUAUGAUGAGUUUGAUGCUUCGAUGAAA